AUGGCUCAAUCUCUUGUAAAGUUUUUCGUGAUUUCUUGCAAUAUCGCACCUGGUGUCACGCGGGAGGAACGGGCGCACGAGUGCGUUGACGUCUACACGGCACAUUUGUCCCGAACCUCAGACCAACAGAUGCUGAGCCAGAUGUCUUGGAGAGGCGAGGCCAGAUGUUGUCAUCUGCUUCCAUUGGACAAUGGCCUUGCUCUCCUGCGGGCCAACCUGCAGCCCGGACAACAAACGGGUCCUUCCCGUAGCAGCAUCAGGGUACUCUACCGGUACGGUAUAUGUACUUUGAUGGCCAUGGUCUCUCUUGUCGCCUUGGAGACUCCAUUGGCAACACUGAACCUGCGCCGGCCACUACCCACCAACGGGAACAUGCAUCAUACCACGCUGCACUCCAUUGCUGGGGUCAUCAUCGUAUUCGGUGUGAGAUCGUCUCGUUGA